AUGUGGACAAGUAGAAGAGAGCGGCCGAAGAUCGUGCCGAACAUGCCGGACCUGGUUCUGCGCAAGAUCUUCUCCUACCUCGACUACCCGCGGCUGUGCAAGAUGGAGCGUGUCUGUAAGCGCUGGAUGAACACUGUCCAUGCACAAUUCCGACGCGAAAUCCAAGAGAUCACUAUCGAAAGGGUUCGUCCGACCAAAAACUCAAAAAUACAGGAGGUUAUCAUUUUAUCUGAUGAUCCAAGUCGUUAAAAAAAUAAAUCUGAAAGCCAAAACGGAAAAAAUCGCAAAUAUCAGAGCUGCUCCCAAUGGGUGUCAUUUUAGUGUGAAAUGCUGAACUUUCUUCAAAUUUUUUUAUUCUUGGAAGAAACCACUUACAAUCUCUCUUAAAAUCGUCAAAACCUUGUAAAAAAAAAGCUCCUUUUAUUUUAAAUCAACCAAACCUUUCCACAUUUUCUUGGUGUUUCUCUUAAAAAACUCUACAACUUCCUAAUGAAAAAAAGAAUAAGUCAAACUAAAGAAGAUCUCAGCUGGGCUCGGUGUCUCCAACGGCGUAUCAAUGCGUUCCGUUCCGGCGGCUGUCUAUCCAGUGCCCCGCUGACUCUACCGAUUUUCUAGCCGGCGUUUUUCGUCGAUCCCGACUAUCUAUAAUGCGGAUGACGACAGAUAUCAACUUCUUGGCAAACAUCCAACAGGUCCGACCCAAACUACGAAUACUUAGAAGCACAAUGUUUUUCAGGUGCGAGUGAGCAAAGAGAGCAGCCGGAGAUAUUUCAGCAACGUUGAGGAACUCUGGUUACUGAUAAUCCAUCCAGACAACGACGUCACGUCCCGGUUUCUGAGCAUUGAGAAAACUCUUUUUUGCGUAAUGAAAGCCCCUUCUUAAACUGAAAUUGAGACAUAUUCCAGGAGCUGAACCAAUUAACGUUGCAAGUGCAUGUUAACGCGAGAUACUACGAAAACGUCGGCAAAAUAGUCGAGGCUUUUGUGCUACGUUACUCGAAAGCGCAAAUCAACCUCGAACUUCACGCCGAUAAAAGUCAUUUGGUAAGUCAAUCGCGUUUUUUCGAAUUACAAAUUGCAAAAAUUCAGAUUCUAAACCAAUUGAGUUAUCUUCCUUCGUUGCCUUUGAAUAAAAUCAAGAUUAUCUGCACAGACUUCUACCAGCCACAAUUGCGGUUGGACUCUCUCUACGCUGUGAUGCGAGAGAAAAACAUUAUCGCGAAGAAUAUUACAAUUAGGUUGGUCUCACAGAAAUUUAUCAAAAAAUUUUUCGACGCUGAACAAAAAAAAACUCCAAAAUAUUAGUUAUUAUCUACCUAACUUUCAAGUAUUUUUUUCGUUUUCCUUUUCAUAUUGAAUAACAUCCUUCCCUUAACUUGAUUUUUAAAAGGGACUGGUCACUCUACGCCGACGGAUACUCCCCUCUGUCGUACAACCCAAUGGAGACAUUCAGAAUUAGCAGUUGCACAGUGGAAACCGUGGACGGUUUGGUAAGAAGCCUUCAGAAAACAGCCGAUCAGGUUUGGCAUUUCCAAAAGAACGUUAAAACUGACUACUGAAGUUUCAGAAGCCACCAGUGACUGAGAAAAAGAAGAAAGUAGUGAAAAAGAAAAAAGAAGAUGAAAACCCCGAUAAACCAAAAAAGAAGAUAGUGAAAAGAAUAGUAAAGAAGAAAAAGGACCCGUACAUCAAAAAACUGGAGAUUGCGGGUCAAUGUACGCUGCACGGACUGCAAUUUCUCCAGGUUGAGUGCAUAGAUUCCGCAGAGAAUUUUCAAACGGAAUUUCAGGAUAGAGCUCAUACGGAGCUGGAAAAACGGCUAGGUACUGCAAUUCCUGAUAUGGAUGUCGAUUGCAGCGAAAUAUACUACUGCUGGUGA